AUUUGUCCAACAAUUAGAGAAAUAGUGAAUGACAUUAAGAAGGGUCUAAGACAUUACCAAGUCUUACCUAGUGGACUAAAUCAGUUUGAAGUAAGAGGAACUACAGAUGCUUAUGAAGUGGAUCUUGAAGAAAGAACUUGCUCAUGCAGGCUUUGGCAGCUUAAUGGAAUCGGUUGUGUCCAUUUUGUUGCAGCUAUUAGUUUUAUGAAUAGGGAUGUAGAGUCAUAUGUGGACAAAAUGUUUAGUAGCAUCACUUAUAUGAAGGCAUACAAGUUUAGGUUAGCACCUAUGAAUGGAAGUAAUUUGUGGCCUGCAACUGAUUACACCCCACCUUUACCUCCUGUUCGUAGAACUAUGCCUGGGAGACCUGUAACUAAAAGGAAAAGGGAUGCAACAGAAACCCCAAACCAGUCAAGUAAAAAAUCAAAGACAACUACCCAAACACAGAACAAAGGUAAGGAGCAUGUGAAGGUAUCCAAGGCUAGGAAAAAACAAAAAUGUAGCCUUUGUAAGAUUGAAGGACACAACAAAAGAGCUUGUACUUUAACAAGGCCUCCUAAAACCAAAGCUAAAAGAAAAACAAAACAGGGUGUAGCUGAAGCUCUCAAUGAGGAUGUUGAAGAUAAUCAAUCUAAUGCAGUCAAUGAUAGAGGAGCAGUAAAUGAUGGUGGAGAAGCAGCCAAUGAGGUGCAUGUGCAACAAGACUAUGAUGAGGUGGAACUCACUCCUUUGGAGUUUGAUGCAUCAGCUAAUGGAGAACCUAGUUAGGUUCAUGUGCAAGAACAGGAGGCUAGAGAAACACCACUUGCAACCUUGUUGAAGAAAAUCAGGAGGAAGAAAUAUGAAAGGAUUAUCAAGUUGAAACUGGGCAAGAAAGUUGGUGGUGCAGAUGCACCUGGGAAUUCAGAAGCUAAACCUGUUACUCUAGAAUAACUUUAAGUGUUGGUUUAUGUGAUAUGAACAUGGUAUGUAGUGUUAAAUGAUGUGUUUUGGUGUAUUGUUGUUGAUUUUAUGAAACUGCUAUUAACUAUGCUAUUUGUAUGAAACUAUGUUGGUUUAUGUGAUGUGUAUUUUGUGUUACUUAA